UUUUUCAGUUUUUCUUUAAUAUUUUUGUUAAAAAAAAUAAAUUUCUCAAAUCCGUUUCGUUUUCUAGUUUAGUUUAUUUGUUUUGAGCUCUUAGAAGUUAUUUUGGAAUAGCAUUGACGUGAUAUUUGUGAUAACAAAGUGUAACUUGUAAAAAUCGAGAUCAUUUUCAAAAUCAUAUCAAAAAAAUUUUAUAACUUAGCGUAUCAAUUGAUGCAUAUCAAAAAAUUGGCUCUGCCCAAAAAUUAAUAAUAAUUGUGAUCAAUAUUUUUUAGUGUUGUUUAAUUAGUAAUUAGUGUUAUUUUUGUGUUACGAAUUUCUUCGGUUAUUUUUAUAUGUUUUAAAAUAUGAAAUUUUUUCUUGGAUUUAGUGUUAACGAAGUGUUAUCGAUGGUAUUUGAGAAUCAAGUGCUGGAAUAUAAAGCAAUGUUUAAUAAAUGUUGUGGAUUAUUAUAAAUUUGAUCGUGUUUUACACAAAAUAUUGAAUCGUUUAAUUUGGAAAACGGUAAAAGUUGUGGCACCCAAAUGCAAAGACGACGAAAACAAUACGUGUUUCAUGUUCAUGUUUCGAAGCAGAAGGAGUAAUUUGUCUAAACGUUUGUGGAAAGCCCGAGUAAAACGGGGUGGUGGUUCCAGUAAUAACAAUGAAACCGAAUGUGAAACUCAAACGGCCACAAAUAAUCGAAAUCAAUCACCACCCGAAUAUAUGGUAUUUGAUGAUUUGUAUGGAAAUAAUAAUUCAUUUGAAGAUGCUGAAACAGUGGUCCGUACAGACGUGUUGAAGAAGCUUAAAGAUCAUCAGUUAGAGAUGCUAUUAGUGGCCGUGGAGAGUCGUGGCGCCGACCUGUCGGACUGUGUACUGGUACCACGCGGGGGUACUGGGGAUACAGAGGCGCACGUGCGCUGUUGCCAGGUGUGGCGGUGGCCCGAUCUGAGACAUGCCGCUGAAUUGAAGCGCCUGCCCAUGUGCGGUUCGGCGAAAGAUCCCGUAUAUAUUUGCUGUAAUCCUUACCAUUGGAGUCGACUAUGUCAACCCGAUACUCCACCUCCCCCUUAUAGUUUAAUAAUGGAUAGAUUAAAACCUGAAGAUCGUGCACCAAGUGAAGGUCCUCAGGAUUAUCGAAGACUGUUUCCUGGAUCAUUAACAACAAACGGAGAAGACCCAGAAAUGAAUUCACGAGUGUGGUGCAAAUUAGCAUAUUGGGAAUUAACGCAACGUGUAGGUCGAUUGUUCCCUGUUGAAGUACCUGCCGUGAACGUGUUCAGUGCCCAACCACAUGGCGAUGGAUUAUGUCUUAGUACCCUUGCACAACAUAGUUUUAGUCCCCCAGAAUCAGUGAAACGAACUCGCGCCAAAAUAGGAUUAGGUGUAACUUUGUCACAAGAAAUGGAUGGUGUUUGGGUGUAUAAUCGAUCUGACUCGCCAAUAUUUGUAAAUUCUCCUACCUUAGAAGAAAUUGAACCACAUUCAGUAACAGUGUAUCGAGUGGGAUCCGGUUACUCAUUAUGCAUUUUUGACUAUAGUAAAGCAGCGGCAGGAAAUUUUGGAUGGAAUUUUACCAAUUUCACCGAUGGUCCAGUUGAUCGAAAUUCUGUACGAAUUAGUUUUGCAAAAGGUUGGGGUCCAAAUUAUUCACGACCAGAAGUUACUGCAUGCCCCUGUUGGUUGGAAGUAUUACUUGCACCGUGUAGGUGAUAAUUCUUUAAGGAAAUAAAGGAAACUUUAGUGCAAAAACUUAAAAACUUUUAUAAAAAAUUCAGUGAUG